CUAUCCCUGCGCUUCCGUUCGUAUUGACUGUAGUUGUCAUACGACACAACAGGACCCCACAAAAGUCCCUAGUCCAAACCUGCCAACCACCUCCACGGCUCCACCGUCACCGCCGCGCGCCGAGGCACCGACACAACUGAAGUGCCAGUCCCUGGUGGCGCCGUUGCCCGGCUCCGCGAUCACUUGGGGAUCGGGCGCGUGCGGAGAGGGAUGGGGAUGGAGUGGCCGCUUGCGCCGGCGCAGCAGAGGAAGGCGGUGGCCGGCGGCGGCGGGCCGGCGCUGAAGCUGCUGCUGUUUGUGAUCCUCACGGGCCUCGCGCUCCGGCUGCUCGCCGGCCCCGCGGCAAACCUCCUGCUGCCCAUCGCCUCGCCGGAUGAGGCCACGCGCCUCGUGGCGGCGCCGGGGAGGGGAAUUCCCGGCGGCGGCGCGACACCUCCCUCCGAAACGGAUGCUUCGAUUUUUGCUAUGACCGGUUCGGGACCUCUAAUAGCUCCAGACAAGAAGGAAGGUUCCCUAGGAGAAAAUUGUAAUAUUUUCCAUGGAGAGUGGGUUCCUCAUUCAUCAGGGCCAGCUUAUACUAAUGCAAGCUGCCGCUUCAUUGAGUCUCCUCAGAACUGUAUGACAAAUGGAAGGCCUGACACUGAUUAUCUCUAUUGGAGAUGGAAGCCAUUCGGUUGUGACGUACCACCAUUUGACGGCAAGAAGUUUUUGGAUAGCAUGCGGGGCAAGCAUUGGGCACUUAUUGGUGACUCAAUCCUUCGCAAUCACAUCCAAUCAUUGCUUUGUCUUGUUUCUAAGGUCGAAGACGCUACUGAGGUCUACCAUGAUGAUACAUUCAAAUCCAGAAGAUGGCACUUCCCUUCACACAACUUCACGGUCUCUCUUAUCUGGGCACCAUUCCUAGUCAAAGCCAAAAUAUUUGAGGAUGACGAUGGAGUUUCGACUGCCGAUCUCCAGCUGCACCUUGACGUUCUCGAGACAAAUUGGACGAGUCGGUGGCAGAGCUUUGACUAUGUCGUGAUAUCCACAGGCCAGUGGUUCUUCAAAACUGCAGUCUACUUGGAGAAUGGAGCUGAGAUCGGCUGCCACUCCUGCCAGAACAAGAACCUGGAAGAGAUGUCCCCAGAGUACUCCUUUCGCAAGGCGCUCAGCACAGCCUUCCAGUUCAUCACAUCCUCACCUCACAAGCCGGUGGUCUUCUACAGGACGUGGGCGCCUUCACAUUUUGAGAACGGCGAGUGGUUCAGCGGCGGGACUUGCAACAGGACGUCGCCGUUCAAGCCGGGGGAGGCCGGUGACAGGGAAUCGGACAAUAAGAUGUGGACGAUCGAGAGGGAAGAGUUUGACAAGGUGGUGGCGAACAAAGGGCCUAAUGACAGUGCUGAUCAUCUGAAACUGCUCGACACAUUUGAGCUCUCGCUGCUGAGGCCUGAUGGGCACUCUGGGCCUUAUAGAACAUACCAUCCUUAUAAGACGGGCAUGGCAGCCAAAGUCCAAAAUGACUGCCUGCACUGGUGCUUGCCCGGCCCUAUCGAUGCGUGGAACGACAUCAUCAUGCAGAUGCUGGCAAAGGACUGAAACUUACUCAGCUGGUACCCUACUGGUGCCAUCUGAUUUCGACACCGAUGUUGGCUCAAGCCUCCUCGUUGUCAUACAUAUAUGUGCGUCCUCUGCUUCGCAAAUUUGCAAGCAUGUUUGCUUUUGAAGCAAUCUACCACCGCAGAGGGUUUAUUAGCUGUUGUUAGGGUGCGUUGUAAAAGAGGCAACCUAUCGUCACAUGCCAAAGUGCUCCAGUUACUUGUUCAUAUCUGUUGGUCGUAACAUUAUACCAUGAUAGACUGGAAAAAAGGUGCACCUAUUGUAUGUCGCGCGUCAUACCUUCCAAAGGCAUACAAUGGUGGACUGAACAAGUUUUCCUGUUGUCAUACAGCUGAAGACUGAAGUAUAAUAAUAUAUAAACAGUAAUAGUUGUGUGGAGUUUGACUUUA